GCGUUGCUGGCUGCUGGUAGAGGUCGUGUUUCCACUUUUAUCGUUCGCGGUCGUUGUCGUCGUUUGGCAUCCACGUCCGGGAUUUUUCCAAACAAAAAUGUCCACCAUGAAUGGGAAUACGUUACAUCAACCGCAGAAUAUGGCAGGUCAGAUGGUUCUCCAUCAACCACCACCGCAGGAUGCGCCUGGAGAUAUGGUGCUAUAUCAGCAACCGCAACCAUACCCUGUCCAACAACAAAGCACCGACCACGGCCCCGUACCUGCCACCCAACAGACACCAACCACGGCUCACAAGAAAAAGAAGAAGGCAAAAUCGUCGCAAGCAGGUGGUCCCAUCCGCAAAGGCCUUGAGAAUCUCGCCAAACUCGUCGAACGCAAGAUCGAUCAGCAAAUCGAGUCAGCAAGAGUACGAGCUGUGAAUGCUGAGCAACGCUCAGUUGCAAGAGCGAACUCGUUUAAAACACCACCACCCCAGGCGAACAUGGAAAAGAAGCAAUACGCAUGAAGAAGCGGGAGUGUUCGGCUGUACUCGCACUAGCUUCUAAGGAUGUGACGCGAUAUGGAGGCUCUGGCAUACGAUUUGUUCAUACACGUCCUUACAACCGACCUGUGGUGAACUUGGUGUUUUUUUCGCGCACUGGGUUACAGUGCGCAACGGCAAGACUGCAUAUCCUUUCUUUUGUAUUCCAGGCUAUGUCGGGAGAUCGGAGUGUAUACUCGUGGUGAUGGAGACAUUCACUUUAGUCUUUUGAGAAGGGGGGAUCUCGAGAAAUGUAUACUUCAAAGAACUCGUCAUGUAGAUGUGCAAGUUGUGGGGGAAGAAAAGGCAUCAUUCUCAAUGGAAAUAUGAUUGUUAGGGUCCGUGUACUUAACACAGGCCCUUGUUGUCGUAGCUAAUGUAUG